AUGCUGUCCGAGGGCGUCGCGCCUAACCUCGUGACCUUCAACACGCUGCUGGACGUGUACGCCAAGACCGGCCACUGGGCCGAGGCCAUGGCCGUGCUGGACCAGCUGGACAUGCAGGGCAUCUCCCCUGAACCCCGCACCUACAACACUGUCGUCGCCGCUUGCAACAUGAGCGGCCACUACGCACAGGCCCUCUCUGUCUACGAGCGCAUGCUCAAGAGGGGCGCCGAGCCCAUGCCUGCCACGUACAACGCGGCGGUCUGUGCAUACGCGCGCCUGGGGCAGCUGCCCGCCGCGCUCUCGCUGCUCGGCACCGCGGCCGGCAAGGGCGUGGAGAGGGGCGUCACCACCUACGCCGCCCUGCUGUCGGCGUGCGAGCAGCCGGGCAGAUGGGACCUGGCCCUUGACCUUCUGCGCCGCAUGCAGGGGGACGGCCUGAAGCCCACCACGGCCUGCUUCAACUCUGCCAUCAGCGCGUGCAUGCAAGGCGGCCAGCCCCAGAAGGCCGAGGAGCUGUUUGAGUGGCUCUACGGCGUCUGCAAGCCCGACACCAGCACCUUCAACGCCCUCGUGCGCAUAUACUGCCAGCUGGGCAAGGUCAGGGAGGCGCAGGGCGUAUUGGAGAUGAUGGUGCAAGGCGGCCAGCACGUGGAGGGCCCGACCUACUCAACACUGAUCGACGCGGCCUGGUCCACCGGCGUCCUGCCCCUGCAGCGCUACGCGCUGCGGCUGUACGACCGCGCGCGCGCCCGCCGCGGCCUGCCGGCGCCGGCGGUCGAGGACGACGCGGCAGCCGGCGCGACGCGCGCCGCGCUGCCGGCGCCGGCGCCGCACGUGGCGCUGGUCGGGCUGCUGGGCCUGCUGCGCGCGCUGCGGCAGCAGCUGGCGGAGUCGGGCGGGCGCGCGGGGCUGCGGCCGGUGGUGAGGUUGAGCGUCUCGGUGCAGGUGCGCGGGUGGCGCAAGCACAGGCUUGGCAGUCUUGUGGUCACCUUUCUGGAUGGCUGUUUUGUAUUUGAAUUCAAGGCGACUCCUGUUUUAAAUCUUCUGUAA